AUGACUCGGAACCACACUAUCGAGUUCGACUCGCAUGGCCACCUGAUUUCGCCUUUCUACGGCUACUGGCCGACGAUCGUCUGCACGAUCGCCGCCGCCACGCCGCUCGUCGGCGCACUCUUCAUCUCCGUCGGACGGCUGGUCACCGCUGCGGGCGAACAGUACAGUCGCCUCAGCUCCCGCCUGUACGGCCGCAUCUUUAUGAAAGUCUGGGCGCGCACUCCUCAGGACUUCAUCGCGCUUCUCGCACAGUGCUCCGGCGGGGCUCUGGCCGGCUCCGACUGGCGAAUACCAGCAAGAUCCGGCAUCGCAUUCCAGCUUGGGUUCCUCAUCUUCGUGGUCCUCGCGGCCGAGUACCUGUGGCGCUUCUCGAACGACUGUCCCAUCCGUCCCGCACGCACGGUCGAGUACGCUACCCCACACGGGCCGAUGGAGAAGCCGCUCAAGCAUCUCGCGACGGGCAUCUACCUCAUGACUCUCUUCCUCUUCAUCCGCGCCGUGUACCGGACGAUCGAGCUCGCCGACGGCUUCGACGGCAGGAUCAUCCACACGCAGGUCUACUUCAACGUCCUCGACGGCGCGAUGGUCACGCUCACGAUGUACACCCUCAACGUCCUCCACACCGGCCGCCUGCUCCGCGCCGCCGCACCGCGGUGGUCCGACAAGCUCCCGCUGCGCACCGAGGACGGUCUCGCGGUGUAG